AUUCACAAUAUACUAAAUACAAAUAAUUACUAUGCAAAUUCUCACUUUAGAAAAUAUUAUGCAUUGUGUCAAAAUACACAAUUAACUCAUCUUUAAUAUCAAAAUACUUCCUACACAUUAAUGCACCAUUAGUAAUAAUUCAAUAUAUAAUCUAAGACUCUUAAAAGGGCAGUUCUGUAUGCUGAAAUGUUAAAUUCGUUUGGAUGAUACUGACUCAUUCUGUCUCUAUGAAUGCCGAGCCUUUACUAGUGACGGGGUAUAUUUUACCAUGUGAGACUGAUCCUUUACUGAACUAAAAUAUCAAAGUAGCCUUCUUCCACCACUACAUGUACACUCACCGGCCACCUGUUGUGUAAACCCUUAGAGAUGGUUGUGUGCGAAAAUCCCUGUGGAUCAGCAGUUUGUGAAAUACUCAGAUCAGCUCGUCUUGCACCAACAACCAUGGCACGUUCAAAUUCACUUAAAUCUCCUUUGGUUUGAACUUCAGCAGCUAGUCUUCACCAUGUCUACAGGUCUACAUGCCUAAAUGCACUGUGUUGCUGACAUGUGUUUGGCUGAUUAGAUAUUUGCGUUAAGGAGCAAUGGACCAGGUGUACCUAAUGAAGUGGCCAGUGACUGUAAAUAUAUAUGGAUAAACACCGGAGAAAGUACUCCAGACUGAGAUAUGGAAGCAGCUUACAAAACAGAGACUCUCAGAAAGAAGAUACCGACUCUGGAACUGUCUGGUGAAACACAGCUUCCAGAGAGUACCAAUUGCAUGGCAUGUUCAGAAGAUGGCAGGUACCUCAGCCUGGGUCAUUCACAGGGCCUGUCUGUGUGGUGUGCAUCUUCUCUGAUCUGUAUUGCAGAGUGGCUGCAGGACAGAUUGGAAGUUACAUCCAUUCAAAUAACCAGCAUGGCUGAGAAAGUCUAUCUGCUUGGCACUGUGGAUGAUAUGGGUGUUGCCAGAGUCUUUGCAUAUCACUGUGAACGCAUUCACCUCCUCAGUGUUAUUAACAUCAUGGAAAACAUCAACACAAGGAUCAUUUGCUUGACAUUUGAACUGUCUGAAGGAGGCGGUUAUGGAGCUGCAUCAUUUAGCUGUAAUGGUUCUGUCUGGCUCGAGGUCUGUCACUUCCCCUCAGAAGCAUGGCUGAAAGAGUUAGAGAUAGCCGAAUCAAAAAAACAGGAGCCAAACUCAUCUGAAGAUGUGGAUGUGAACUGGUCUCCGGUUGCAGUUGUGAUUAAAAUCAAGCCACCUAGAAUUCCAGGGACGACUCUGGAUGACCCCCUUGAGGUGUUGCAGAUGCCGGCCUUUUUUACAAACUGUUUGGCUCUGGAUGUAAUCACCAGCAGCAGUCAUCAAUGGGAUGAACAGUCUUCUGAUACAGAUGUAGGAAAAACAAAUGAAAGCCCAAGACGUUGCACCCAGCACUUUCUUCUGCCUUGUGGUUUUAUUAAACCAAAUUCUCAACCAGCAGGAUUUCCUAUUGCUGUCGGUGUGUGGUGGAGUGGCAGCCAUAAUCUUUUUCAGUAUUUGCUGCAAAAAAACCCAAAGAACAAAGCAGAUGUGGAGCCUGUACCAGAUGUGUUGUGGCCAAAUGCAAAGGAAAUCCUCUGCUCUGCUGUUAGUAGAUGCACCCGUUACGUAGCUCUUGGGCUCGAGGAUGGUUUGGUGUGUGUGUGGGACAGACAGUCUGCGUCUCCUUUGCCUGUUGUCUCAGUGUCAGCCGCAGACAGUGCCUUCUGCAGGAUGCAGAUUGUGGACUACUGCCCUAAAUCUGCUGAUGAUUCUCAGACUUUUACUGCAGCAAAAGUCUCCCUUUUGGUGUUGUGCAAAAGUGGAGUAAUUCAUACAGUCACCACAGGACGAGGGGGACAGCCCUGCACAGCCCAGCUCAAUGAAAGACCGAAUGACAGCGGUGAACUCCAAACUGUCACUGCGUCAGUGCGGUUCCUGCAGAGUUUGUUGCUUGUUGUGCAAAGAAAUGGAAAAAUUUUCCUCCAAGAUGUCAUCAAGAAAACCAUUGUGUGCUUCUUGAUUCUGCCAGCAACUCAUCUGAUCGCCUCUCCCUGCACUCCUGUUUAUGUUCUCGACACCAAACAGCAAACUCUGUUCAUAAAAGGUGACCCAGAAUUGAGCUGCAAUGCAUCUUCUAAAGGAGGAAGCCAGAGUCAGCUUUUCAUCUUCCAUUUCGGAGAGCCUGACAUCUUCAAGAAGAAUAUAGUUUCGCUUCCAGACUCUCCAGGACAGCAAAACACACCAAGCUGUGCCACUUUAGAGGAAUCCUGCAGCCUCUACCUCCAGCAAAGAGCACUGUCUGUGGAUGAAAGGCACAAAGCUAUAACACAGACAUGGAAGCAGCUACAGGAAACAGCAGUGGCGGUCGAACAAAGACACAGCAGAGCUGCAGCCAGCUGAGGAACUGAGGCGAGUGAUGUUUUGCAGAGGUACUUUCCCUGCACUAUUCUUCUCCACAUGCUGUGCUCAUUUUUCUGUAUCAAAUUGCCACAAUUAAUAUAAUGUAGUAUAUAUUCUGCAUUUUUGUUUCUUGACCAAAAAAUGUAUGAAGUAAGUGAAAAGAUGCAAUUAAAUGUGUCUGAAUCAUCUCAGGACAUUGUUAUGAAAAUAAUUUUGAUAUGCUUUUUUUAAAUAUUAGUUAAGAAAAAUAUAUAAAUUCAAGUUUCAGGCAGACCUAUUUUCCAAUAAACCAUAGAUGUUUUAGUGUUUGGAGUGGCAUUCAACCCAGUAACUGAUGUUUAAUAAAUGCUUAUGAAUAAAUAAAUGCUGGGUGGAUUGCA